UUCUUAAUGCAAAUAUAAUAAUAAUAUCAAGAACUCAAGGAAUCCUACACUUAGCAGCACGGACAUAGUCACUACAAAUCUGAAGCUUUAAGGACCAAAGAAUUCUUGGGUGUUGGCAACGUCUGGAAUAUGGAGUGGCUAUUUUGGGGUUUGGCAGCUGUUUGUGGAGGUUUAAUUAUGCUUUUAUUUAAGAUUGCAACAGCGAUAUGGUGGAAGCCUUUGCAAGUGAAAAAGUUAUUUGAAGCACAAGGAAUCAGGAGCCCUCCAUACAGGAUAUUAUAUGGGAAUUCUACAGAUAUGUCCAGAAUGAUAGAUGAGCAGACAGCCAAAUCCAUGCCACUCUCACAUGAUAUAGUCCCUCGAGUUUUUCCCCAUUUACAUGAGUGGAGCAGAAUUUAUGGUCAGGAUUUUAUUUUCUGGUUUGGGCCUCAAGCCAGGUUGGUAGUUCCCCAUCCUGAGCUUAUUAAGGAGAUAUUGUCCACGAAAUUUCACAACUAUACAAAGCUUCCAGGUGAUCCCCUUUCAAGACAGCUAGUUGGACAGGGACUUGUGGGGUUGACAGGUGAGAAAUGGGCUCAGCACAGGAAAAUCAUCAAUCCUGCUUUCCAUAUGGAUCUCUUGAAGGGUAUGAUUCCGACAAUUGUGAAAAGCAGUGCCGAUAUGUUGGAUGAAUGGAGUAAAUUGGUAUUGUCAGGUGCAUCGGAAAUUGAUGUGCACAAGGAAUUCAGGGAACUUACAGCAGAUAUUAUUUCCCGCACAGCAUUUGGUAGCAAUUUUACAGAGGGAAAGGAAAUAUUUGAUAUGCAGGCCAAACAGAUGAUUCUUACAGCUGAAUCAUUUAGCACUGUUUAUAUUCCAGGUUUCAGGUUUCUGCCUAAUACAAAGAACAGGCAACGUUGGAAUUUGGAGAAAAAUAUAAGAAGAUGCUUAAACCAAGUUAUAGAUGCCAGGAAAAAGACUGCUGGAAUGGAAAAACCAGGUAGCUAUGGUGCUGAUCUGCUUGGCUUUAUGAUGUCUAAGAGCAAGGAGCAGGCGGGAGUCAAUGCAAAAAGUAAAGCGAGCCUGAGUACAGAGGAAAUCAUUGAUGAAUGUAAGACUUUCUACUUUGGUGGUCAUGAAACCACAUCAGUACUGUUGACAUGGACUAUAAUAUUGUUGGGCAUACAUCAAGAUUGGCAAGAGCGAGGUCGCAGAGAGGUGUUGGAAGUAUGUGGGAGAAACAAUUAUCCAGAUGCAGACAGCUUAGUUCUCUUCAAAAUUGUGGGAAUGAUCAUAAAUGAGACCUUGAGACUUUAUCCACCUGCAGAUGGUGUAUUGCGACAGGCAUGUGCGCCAACAAAACUUGGGAGGAUCUCAAUUCCUGCAGGUACUCAACUUGAGCUUCCGAUCCUUGCAAUUCACCAUGAUCCUGCUUUGUGGGGAAAUGAUGCCAACGAUUUCAACCCAGGGCGAUUUAGUGAAGGAAUUGCAAAGGCUGCAAAACAUCCAAUGGCAUUCAUGCCCUUUGGUGCAGGUCCAACUAUAUGUGUGGGCCAGAAUUUUGCCUUGUUGGAGGCAAAAAUGGUUUUGGCCAUGAUUCUGCAAAAGUUUUCUUUUGUGACUUCACCUUCUUAUACUCAUGCUCCUUUCCUUUUAUUUACCCUACGACCUCAAUACGGAGCUCAGGUUAUCCUCCUCAAUAGUAUCUAGAAACUCCUCGGUCAUUGAAAUUUUAACUAGCAUUUUAGAUCUACUAUACAUAAUAUUAAUCUAUCACCAGACCUCAAUAGUGCAGACCUUGAAUAGUAUCUCGAAUUAGAAAUGCUGGGAAUAAUCACGUUCUCUCAACAUGUUGUAAUUGCCGCAUGUUUCCUAAGUUUUGGAAAGGAAAAAGAGUGGAUGAAAUCCUAUGGACCUCAUGGAUUAUAAAUCUUAAUGCAAUGGAAUAUAGUAAAUUUGUUUUAUAGACUAAUAAA